CGGGACUAAACAUGCCAUACAUAUACAUAUUAAACAUAAGUACAUGUAAGGGGAAGUAUUGUUUGACAUAUAUAAUAUGUGCAGUGUUGUGUUGUCAUGACGCUUUUAUUUUGACACUCACACCGGAAGUGUUAACGGAAGACCAAGUGCGUGCAACCACAACAUAAACGUUACUCAAAAAGAGAGGCUUUCCACAUCGCACAAUAUUUGCAAAUACCAGGAAACAACUGACAGCCUCAAGGAAAGUGGCUUUUAAGAUUUCUCGCUGAUUAGGAAGGGCAGUGAUACCAUGUGGAAGUCACAUGCACUACAAGGAUGAGGCAUACACAACAAGGGGGCAGCUUAAGGAGAGAUCCGCUGCACACUGUCUGUCAUAGGGAGGGGGUUUGCUGCUUGUAAAGGCCCUGCACAAGCAGCCCCCUGUGUCCCCCUCUCCUGAACAUAUGCAAUGAACAGCACUACUGAGACCCCUGCCAUCAUAGAUGGGGAUGUGGCAGUCAGCUAUGUGUUGGUGCCAUUUUUCCUCAUCACUAUUAUUGGAAUAGCUGCAGCUGUGGUCAUGUAUAUUCGUAAGAAACGAAGAAUUGACAGACUCCGUCAUCAGCUGUUACCAGUAUACACAUAUGAUCCAUCAGAGGAGCUAAAUGAAGCUGAGCAAGAAAUGUUGUGGAGAGAAGAGGACACAAGGAUUGUACAAGGUUGGGCCAAGAGUUAUCAACAGCGACGCCCUCUUCUGACCAAAGACGUCAAUGCAUGAUGGUAGUAAACCGUGGCAUUGGACAUUGUUGUGGAGACAACAGUCAUUUUUGAAGUGAUGCAGGAGACUUUCUUUGUUUCUUUGCUACCAUCUGCCGUUAUCUUUCCUGUUUUAUGUACAGAUAGUGUGACUGUUCAUUUGUGUGGUUCUGAUGCCAAUCCUGUGUGCCUGAAAGACGCAGUACCAUACAUUUAUUUAUUUGAAAUUAUUUAUUCAAAGCAUUUUUACUGUGGUAUUCAGUCACAUCACUCAAAGCUAAGAAAGGUGGAAUCCCUUCAAAGUAAAAAAAAAAGGUUCCUGUAGGUUUACUCUGUUGUUUACAUUCAUGAUGUUGUUGUGGGCGACAAGCCGUUAUGUUCCUGUGGGUUGCAGUAGGCAUUUAAUUUAGGGGCAGUGUUCAAAGUGUGGUAAGAGUAUGAAUAUUCUGCACUAGUUAAAAGAUAACAGCUCCUUCUGUGGAGGGUUUGAGAUCAGAGCCUGGAGAGGUUACUGUUUGCAGUGCAUUAAAAACUAACAUGGCUUCUUUGAUGAAAUGCGUUUAGUUUUCAAUAGUUGCAUUUGUUGAACAGAAACACUGCAAGUGUGAAUUUUAAAUUCAAAGUUUCCUAUUGAUAAAGCUAUAUUUAAGAUAUUUAUAGAUUAUAUAGAAUAUAGUAGCUGUUACAAUCAGGUUGGGUGAAUUGUAUUUGUUUCAUUUUGGAGGCAAUUUAAGAUUGGAUUGAAUUCUUCUCUAGGUGCCCCACAAUCCGGAUCUUUUUGUGGUUUAGCCAAAUCCUAUGACUCUCAUCAAUGGCAUGAAAAGCCAGAUAUGGAAGUAAAUAAAACAAACCCUCUCUCGUCCCUACAAUGAGCGAUGACUAGUAUCCUAAAUAUGUCCCGUCAAGGCAGGACUCCAACAAAAAAAGUACCUCCAGCUGAAGAUGAAUGCCAUAGGUCUGACGCACUCAGGAAACCUUGAAUGUUCUUGAAUCGUAACCUGUCCUGACCUUUUGAAUUUGGGAAUGUAAACUAAAUACAAUAGAAUUGUUCUUAAAGGGGGAACCUGUACUGGUUGUGAAUAGAAGUGUAUUGGACUGAUAAUGCCUGGACUUGUUAACAGGUACGACUAGAUUAUUAUUUUUUUAAAAUAGACGUUUGUCGUCAUUACUGGGCACGAAAACGUCUUUACCCCAGAACAUGUUCCUCUGUGCUCGUCUUCACAUUGAACGUUUAACUUUCUAUGCAUUAUAUCUGGAGCUUUUCUCAUUUGUGAAAAAAAACCCCCCCCCGAUGAAUUAGGCAGUGACCAUUUAAAAUGGUACAAAUAUCCAAUCAUGGUUGAUGUGCACUGGUAAAAACACACGGUCAACUCUUCAUGGAAGGUUCUGAUUUUUAGGUUGCACAUGUCAAAAGAACUGCUGUAAAAUGUGAAUUUGGCAGAACUGUUACUGUUUUACCAGUUUAUUGCAUUGAGUGAAUUGAUUGUUGAUUUAAAGAUAAAUAAAGUAAUAUAACUGUGCUCAU